GCUCAAGACACUCGCUGAUCUGCUCGCAGCUCCGCAGACACAUUGGCGCACAUUCGACCACUCUGGAGCACCUGAGGAAAAAGAAAUUUGGGCUUAAGCAUCCAUCGCAGGGAAUUUAUUCCCUUUAAAUCCAAGGAUUUAGUCAGUCUUGGUUUGACGCUUGGAAGAGCGCUAUUUGCGAAGCUCGUUACGCGCAACUUUUACGCACACGCAGUGGAGUCACGGAUGAGCUGAUCUCGACGUGCUUUCAUCACCACCUGCACAACGCAGGAACACAACAGGUGUGAUGGCAGUCAGUGCAUCGCAUGUCGGCAUGGACGAACACAGAAGCGACACAAUUUACUGAAGCAGGCGUGAACGAGUGAAGCUUGAAAGUUCUCUUGAAGAAAGAGCCGCGCCUGGUGCCAAAAUGAGCUGCGGCUGCCUACGCUGGAGGAUGUUACACCUGAUAUUUGCCACCUUUACCACAGUUAUCGCCCAAGACUUGCUGCCCAACACAAAGAGCCCAGUGCCUUUCCCCGUCUUCUUGCCAGUCAGCUAUGAGGUUCGGGAUGCUGACUUCCUCUUCUUAAAAGAAGCAGGGCAGGACUUUAUGAGGAAUUUCAGCAUGCAGAGUAACACACAGCCCUUUGUUAUUUUGAGAGGAAGCCGCCAGCCCACCAUCAGCGCAAGCUACGGCCCCAUGUCCACGGAGCAGGUUGUGCCUCUGGAUCUGGUCCAAUCCGUGCAGCUCUUCAAUGCCCCGGACGCCUUCACUUUCAACUGGAAGAUUCAGGCCUUUGUGCUAACGCCUCGGGUCUUGUCCACCAAGCCCAAAGUGCGGGUGCUCUUCUAUGUGGCGGGACGGGACUGGAACAGGGAGGAAGGCGCUGAGGAUGAGCUACCUUGUGUGACAGUCUAUGCCUUCUGGCAAACCCAGGAGGUGAGAUGUUCCUGUGCCAUGGGGGGUGAGAAGGGAACUUGCAUGGCUGAACUGCUACCUUUGCCUGGCUGGUUUGGUCAGAGUUCUGAAAGCACCAGCAGGGAGAAACAGGACCCGUCAGUUGGGAACCUUGUGGAGCUCUACUAUCAGGCACAGUCCAAAGUCGGCGGGAAGUGUGACAUGCUGGAGGGGAGUCGCUGGGCAAGCUCACAACAGCAGCAGCAGCAGACAAAGUAUGUUCCCGUCACUCCCAUGCAGAGGAUUGGCAGUGUGCGUCUCCUGCAGGUGCCCAAAGGAAUGGCCACUCUCUCCCGACUCAAACUUGGCAAUUCCAUUGUCAUACGGACAUCCUCCAAACCACUAAAGAAGACGGACAUUGCCACCUUCUACAUCCUCAUGGCCAACUCUGCUCAGCUGACUAACUUCACUCUUAGAGCAACAAUAAAGGAUGGCGUGACCUUUCGUACAGCAACACCGAGUAACUCUUUACUGUGGGAUAUCACCCUGGAUACGGCUGCAGAUGGAGCCAUCUCUGUCAUUUGUCAGAGGAAGGCUCCCAUAUCUGGAAAAAGACCUGAAGGCAAUCUGCUGGAGGUGCUUCAAAUGGAUUUUGAGGUUGAUGAGCUAAGCAGCCCUGUGAACAGUCAGGUGAUCAUAUGGAAAUUGGAGCUCCCAUCCAAAAAUACUGCCAAGACUGAAGGAGCAAUGAGGAUCUACACCACUCAGAGAGACUUUGUUGGCCUGGCUCCUCUUAUAACUGACACUGAGGUCCUGAACACUGCAAUUCUGACUGGAAAAAAGGUGAUGGUGCCUGUAAGAACAGUUGCUGUGGAAGAGGAUGGCCUCAUCACUGAUGUUUCUGAAUAUACAGAAUGCAGCUCCAUUGAUGAAGAUGUUCUCAAGGUCUCGGACAGCUGUGACUAUGUUUUUGUAAAUGGCAAGGAGACAAAAGGCAAAGUCAAGAUGGUUGUAAACUUUACCUACAGCUAUCUCAGUGCUCAACUUGAGCUGAAUGUGUGGAUGCCACGACUCCCCCUUCAGAUAGAGGUGUCAGACACAGAGCUGAGCCAAAUCAAAAGCUGGAGGGUCCCUAUACUGACUUCCAAGAGAUCUGUCUGGAACAGUCAAGUCAACGAAAAGAAAGGAAAGGGCUGCACAUUGCAGUUUCAGCAUGCCCUGGUGCGUGUGCUAACCCACUUUGUGGCCGACCAGGAAGACCCUCGGGACUCCAAGGCCUAUUUCCUGGGCUCUGACUGGCAGGUGGAUGUAACAAGACUUGUUAGAUACUUUAUAAAGGUGGAAGAUCCUCGUGUGGCAAGGCUACAGGAAGGGAAGGUGUUAUCAGGCCGAGCUAUUGGGACCACUGCCAUCCAGGUGGUUUCUCCACUCUCUGAAACAGUCUUGGCAAAAACAACGGUGAAAGUCACAGAUGAAAAAGUGACCAUUACUGAACUGGGGGUCCAGAUGGUUGCAGGUCUCUCGGUGACCCUACAGCUCAGCCCAGGAAGCAACAGGGCCAUCCUGGCAACCACAACUACACAGGAAGUUCUGAGGUUGCCUAAACAGCAAGCCAUGGUCAGUGCAUGGGUCCAAUUCAGUGAUGGCAGCCAGACACCUCUUGACAUUUACGAUCCUGCCUUUUACCGUCUGACGGUCUCAUCUCUGGAUCAGGGAGUGGUUUCACUGCGUGGUACCCCUCCAGCUGUGGUGGCAGAGGGAGAGGGCGAAGGAGUUCUGGUUCGGGUGGAAAUGUCCAUCUGUGAGGCCUGUCAGAAGUCCAAACGAAAAACCAUUGUAGCUGUGGGCAAUGGCAGUCUUAAGGUCAAGUUCCAGGCGAAAAGUCGACGGCCAGACAGCAACGACGGAAGUUCCGACAACAGCACUGUCAGCAAAACCAGCGAAGAAAAGAACGGUGGGGACUUCAGAAAUGAUGGGGAAGAGAUAGAGAGUGACAGGAAGCAAAGGAAACCAUCAGAGAUUCCUUCAUCACGCAUCACAACAUUGGCGAGAGACGAGAGCCCUUUGGCAAAGACCACAAUCAAAUCUACAGAAGGGACCGUUAUCACCAGCGGCACACUUGGGGGUGUGGGGAAACUAACCACUUCAGGAAGUAGUCCCACCAGCAUGGCCAAUAUCACUAGUGACAGCAGUAAAGCGUCUGGGUCUGACAACAUGGUAGUGGACAGUGUUCGUGUCACAACUACUGUGAAGGCUCCUGGGAACCUGGUCAACCCCAAUAAUUUCCCCACUAAAAUUGUUGUGCCUGGACAAGGUUCAGUGGAGGUUGAGACCACUCGUGAGGACGACAUGUUGACAAACAGACCCCUGACAGACUUAGAGAUUGGUAUGUACGCUCUUUUGGGAGUCUUUUGCUUAGCCAUCAUGGUAUUUCUUGUAAAUUGCAUAUCAUACGUUGUUAAGUUCAGACAUAAGAAGUCUUCGUCACAUGGCCAGGAGCCCACAGGUCACAGGCAUGACUGGGUGUGGCUUGGUACAGACGCCGAACUAGUGAUGAGCGUCCCGGGAAGUCCCGUUCAGCAAGACUCGCAGGCUAUGACCACUGUGAUAGACAUUGGGCCUGAUAAAACUACUUCACUGUCCAGAAGGCCCAGUUGCCUAGGAUCAGCUACAGACUCCCCUAUUAGCUGUGUGGACGCCUUCAGAAGCAAAGCAUUGCCUACAGAGUCCCUCCACUCUCCAACCAGCAAGAGGAAGCGGGUCCACUUCACUACCUUUUCCACGAUGGAGCACCAUCAUUCGCCGCAUCUCCAACAAAGGGAGAAUGGACAUGGCAUCCACUGGGUUGGGAAGGAAGACAGUUGUGAAGAAAGACCCCAAGUGCCCAUUGCAGAGCAUAGGGACAUCGUAUAAUAGUGAGUCUGAUCAGAUCUCACAUUGCAGAAAAUGUGGCUAUGAUCACCUCAAUGCCUUUCUUGACUCAUUAUCACAAACAUGGGAUGACAAAAAAAACUAUUAACUCUUUUCAUUACCUACCAAGGCCUUUUAGGUGUACUGUACACAAACUGUAUAAUACUGUUAAUAUUGAAGAAAUGAGCCCAUCUCCCACCAAAUGCGAUGCUGCAUGUGGAUAUCCAAUUCUUUUUUGCACUUCCUGAUGACCAACCCGCAUUCGAGGCAUUGAAGAGCUGGGUUUAAGGCCAUCAUAGUUGCAAGUAAUGCGGUUCUCUUAGGCAGAAUUAGCCAAGGAUGUUUGUCCUCAUAAUUUGGUAUUUUGUGAACCCAGAAUAAAUUUAAGAUGUAUUUGAGCAUUUUACCCUCAUUCAUACCUGACCAUAGUUAUUUUGAUCCUCAGCCUUUUGCAGUAUGUGAAAAAUGUUCACACGCUCAUGUUAGCGGUCACAUCAAGCGAUAUGAAGUGCAUUACGUUAAAAUGUGUUCCUAGUGUGUAAAUGUUCCAAUGUAUUUAAUCCGGGGUGCUACUAGAUGAAACACAACCCAAUU